AUGUUAAAUAUAAUUAUAUUUGUUUUCCUUGCCUAUUCUUAAGCAAGCAACUCCUAAUCACACUCUCCUUAAAUAAGCAAUACUAAUACUCAUCUAUAACUAUUCGAUCCACUAAUAAUUGGUCCUAAUAAUAAUAGCUUAAUAAUUGUAGAAAAUCCAAACAUUCUUAUCACCUUUUACUAAUAAUAAUGUCCUUAUAGUUAGCAAUUCUUUAACGAGUUAAACAUCCUUAAAAACUAAACUGAUUAAUUGAAUAUCACUUAUGCAAUAUAUGAUGUUGGAAAAAAUGAUUUUUCUGCUUUUUAAUCUAUUUAAGCCUAUGGUAUUGUGGAAACACCAACUAUAAUGCUAUUUUAAAAUGAAAUUCCGCAUAUGUACAUUGGCAAAAAAAAGUCCCAUUUAGUUUAGCAAUGGAUUUAAGAAGUAGUUUUAUUUUUUAUUCUAUUUAGUUUUUUAAUGGUAAUAAUCAUCCGAAAGAAAUAUUCUCUUAAUCAGAAUUUAACUCAUUACUAGAAGAGAAUAAAAAUGUUCUUUUCUAUUAAAAAAAUUCUUCCCUGAAUUAUGAUAUUAGUUUUGAUACAUUCUAUUAAGUUGCUAUAUAAAAUACUAACCCAAAUAUAGUAUUUGCUUACUCAACACACUAUCAAAAGAAUGACCUAUUGAGUUUAAAAUUCUAUAAAAAAGAGACAAAUGAAGAAUUAACUUUUAAUCAUUUAAUCACUCUUGAAAAUAUAAAAAAAUUUAUUCUUAAACAUUCACUUCCUUUAAUUCCAGAAUUAAAUUCAGAAUCAUAUGAAUUAAUAUUUUAAGCAACCAGCUUCUCCUUUAUUUUAUUUACUAAUUUAGAUGAAUCAUCAAGAUAAGCUGAAUCAUCUUUUAAAGAAGUUGCAAUAAGUUUCAAUAGUUCUUACUAAUUUUCAAAAAUAAACAUUCAGAAUGACUAAUACUUCAACUACCUUGAUGAAUUAGGUGUCAAUAAUGGAAUAAUUCCUAAGAUCGUAGCUUUGAAUGGGAAACUUAAAUAUAAAUAUGAAGGUCCAGAUUUUUCAGUAAAUGGAAUUAAAUCCUUUGUGUUUAAUUUAAGACAAAGUAAAAUCAGUUCGUACAAAUUAUCAGAGUCAAUACCUGAUUAUGAACAAGCAAAUUCACUCGUUAAAGUAACAUAAAUAUUAAAUACAAUAGACAAUUGUUGGCGAAAACUAUGAUACAGAAAUAAAGUAGAGUAACAAAUAUAUAUUAUUGAAAUAUCACGUAAAAGGUUGUUAACCUUGUGAGGAAUUGAAUCCAAUUUAUGAAGAAUUAGCGUACCAUUAUAGAGAGGAUUAGAGAUUAUUAUUUGCAGAAAUAGAUAUAAGAUUGAAUGAUUUUACUGAUCUUUAUUAUCCUCGAUCAACACCUGAUAUCAUUCUAUUUCUCCAAAAGAAUGGUCAAAGAAAAGCAAUAUUUUGGAAUUAAUAAGAAAUGACGUAUGAUAAUAUUUAGAUGUUUGUGGAAUCUAACAUUUAAGUACAGUAAUGAAUUAAUAUUAUGUACUUUUUAAUUAUGA